AGGCGCUCGGUAGUUGCGCGUUGCAGGGUGCGUGCGGGGGAGGAGCGGAAAGGGCGCAGGGAAGGGGCCUCGCCUCGGGGCUCUGCAGCUUCUGUCUGUUGUCCUUCGCAGAAUGAAGACGAUUCUCAGCAACCAGACCGUUGACAUCCCCGAGCAAGUCAGCGUUUCACUGAAGGGCCGGACCGUCAUUGUGAAGGGCCCCAGAGGAACCUUGCGACGGGAUUUUAACCACAUCAAUGUGGAGUUGUCACUCCUGGGAAAGAAACACAAGAAGCUACGUGUUGACAAGUGGUGGGGUAACAGAAAGGAGCUGGCAACAGUUCGCACAAUUUGUAGCCAUGUACAGAACAUGAUAAAGGGUGUCACACUGGGCUUUCGUUACAAGAUGAGGUCAGUGUACGCUCACUUCCCAAUCAAUGUAGUUAUACAGGAUAAUGGCUCACUUGUGGAAAUCCGAAACUUCUUGGGAGAGAAAUACAUUCGCAGAGUGCGUAUGAGGCCAGGUGUUUCCUGUGCAGUAUCUCAAGCCCAGAAGGAUGAGCUGAUCCUUGAAGGGAAUGACAUUGAAUUGGUCUCCAAUUCAGCUGCCUUGAUUCAGCAAGCCACUACAGUCAAGAACAAGGAUAUCAGGAAAUUCUUGGAUGGUAUCUAUGUCUCUGAGAAAGGAACAGUACAGCAGGCGGAUGAGUAGGACUCUUAAUAGCCAGGUACCAGACACUUGCAGGCUACUGAAAAAAAAUUGGUGCUGUUCUGAGUUCCUUGAGAGAUGAAACAGUUUGUUACCUGCUUGUUAAACAGUCAUGAGUUGUUCUGUUUAGGCAUCUUUAAUCUUGUCUGAAUAAAAUUAAAUUCUUUGAGUUAUUAAUGUCUGUCUUGAAUUAAAACUAUCAGAUAAAGUAACUUGUCACAUGUCUGUAAUUCAAUUUCACAUUUACAGUGCUAAAACCUUUCUAAAAGCUCUUAACUUUUUAUUUACAGUUGUCUGGAUCCUGAAACAAACCACCAUGAGACAUUAUACCCGCAGGUGCCAGCUUGAAGAAUCUGAUACAAAA